AUGCUAGCCUUCACGCCUAAUACCAAGCCUGCUCCUUCGCUGAGAUCGUCUGGUGGAAAAAAGAUGAAUGACGGGAAGAAAAGUAGGAGGAGGCGUUCUAGCAGUCUGAUAUAUCAGGAGCCACCCGAGUCUAUUGAGCAUAUGAGCGAUCAGUCGGCGUUGCCAAACGUAAAUGCAGAUUGGGUCAACGCAAAAGGAGCCUGGGCCAUCCACGUCAUAUGCAUCAUUGGUCUCAAGCUCCUCUUCGACGUCAUUCCAGGAGUCUCCCAAGAAACAUCAUGGACACUUGUCAAUAUCGUCUACAUGUUCAGCUCAUACUUGAUGUUUCACUACGUCCGAGGUGUCCCCUUUGAGUUCAAUGCUGGGGCCUACGACAACCUGAACAUGUGGGAGCAGAUCGACAAUGGGGAUCAAUACACUCCGGCAAAGAAAUUCCUUUUGAGUGUUCCCAUAGUUCUCUUCCUUUUGAGCACACACUACACACAUUACGACCUGACGUACUUUAUCAUCAAUUUCCUUGCCGUUCUAGGCGUUGUGAUACCCAAGCUGCCUUCUAGCCAUCGGAUGCGAGUGAAUCUGUUCUCGGGGGAUCCAGAAGAUCGUUAG